UUGAUUAUAAUUGAUUAUAAUUGAUUAUUGAUUAUUUAUAAUUGAAAAUUGAUUGAAUAAAACUUAUCGUUGCUGAUUUUCGUAUUCAUUCAUUCCUAUAGAGGAGAGUCUUUAAUUGAUUAGUUGUAUGAUGUCAAAUAAAUUCUAAAUAGUAUAGUUUGGUUCAUGUGUAAUCAAUUGUGUUAAGUGUUCUAAAUAUUUACAUGGAUUGGUCAAAAACCUACCCAUGAAUGAGGAUUUAGGGCUUCAAAUUUGCUUGGCCAGCAAUAUGGCUGUUAGUAUAAAUGUGAUGGUUGUAAAAUGUGUUACUCUCCACAAUUUUUGAAGAUAAGACGUUCGUGGCAGCAGCAAAAUAGACGUAUAUGGGCUUAUCGUUCGAAUGUAAUGCAAACCUAUGGCCCUAUUAUUUGGAAUACAGCAAUGCGUGUUGGCUGAAUGAAUAUCGCGAUUAACCAUAGCAAUGAUUAAAUUAACCAUAUUAUCUACAGUUCAUAUUAAUUAAAACAUUAAUCAUAGGUACACCUGUCUGAUCUUACCAAUUAACUAGUAGACUAUUUUAUGCUAUUACUUAAGUAAAUGUGUAUGAAAUAUUAACUGACAUGACUUCAAGACUUGAUAGACUUUUUAUACUACUGGAAACUGGCACCAAUGCAGUUACCAAAAGAGCUGCUGCAGAGCAGUUAGGAGAGGCUCAGCGUCUGCAUCCUCAUGAACUGCAUCACCUGCUAGCACGAGUUUCCAUUCUUCUGAAAUCUAGUCAGUGGGAUACUAGAAUUUCCGCUGCCCAUGCAGUUAAAGCUAUAAUUUCACAAGUGCCAGUUUGGAAUCCUAAACCUAUCAAAUGUCUUGAUACAAAAGAUGAUUUAGAUAAGCCUUCAUGUUCAAGUUCAAAUAAUAAAUUGAACCUUCAAAAUUUCAAUAUGACAAAAAUACUUGAACACAGUUCACAUUUAACAGGUUCUGAGGGUUCUGAAUAUGAUCUUAUUGUAGCAGAAGGAGAUAUUGCACUGGCACAAGAUGAAAAAACUUUAAAUUCAAAUUUGGAUUUUGAUCCCUAUUUAAUUGGGGUAUACAACAGUGAUAUAUUUUCUUCCAGUGAUCUGAUUGUUACAACUCCUACGUGUUCAAAUAAAGCAGAUGAAGUGAAAGUGUCUAUAAAGGAAACACUGCAACAUACUGUUGGUCUUAGUAGAAGAGAAAUGAAUCGAGCUAGAAGAAAAGCUAGACAAUCGAUAUCAAAACAUAGAUCAAGAGAGCCAGAUGAUAAUCCAGAAAUUGGCAGCUCCUCAAAUUUAAAAAAUCAAAACUCAAAACCAAUAAUAAAAAAAAUUAAAUCAGAGGAGAACUCAGGUGCAUGGUAUAAUUCUAAUAAUGAUACUGUAAUGGAUCCAAGAUGUGCUGUCCCUGACAGCACCGGAUGCUGGCCAGAUUCAGCUAUUGAAUGGCCAUUAGAAGCAUUUGCAGAAAAUCUCCUUCAAGAUCUUUUUAGUUCAAAAUGGGAAGUGAGACAUGGAUCUGCAACAGCACUUAGAGAACUCAUCAGAUUACAAGGACAGGGAGCUGGCAAAUCAAGAAAACAUACAGAAAAAGAAAUGCAAGAAAGUCAUCAGCAGUGGUUGAUUGAUGUAGCUCUCCGGCUAUUAUGUGUCUUAGGUAUUGACCGUUUUGGUGAUUUUGUAUCUGAUCAGGUAGUUGCACCUGUCCGUGAAACUUGUGCACAGGCUUUAGGUUCACUGAUACUCAUGAUUUCUGAGCAAAAUGAGGUACCAGUGCUAUUUGAGUCCAAUGAACAAGUAGCUAAGAACAUUGAAAACCAUAACAAAAAUCAGGAUAUACAACAGCACAUUGCUGAAAAAGAUAUAAUGGGUCUUCUAAAUAUAAUGUUAAAUCUAUUGGAGCACAGUGAAUGGGAAGCAAGGCACGGUGGCUUACUUGCACUUAAAUAUUUGCUUGCUAUUCGAAAUGAUUUGCUAAGUGAGAUUGUACCUAAAGCUUUUCCAGCAAUAAUGAAAGGUCUAUCAGAUUCGGUAGAAGAUGUUGGUGCUAUGGCAGCAAGUGCUUUGAUUCCUGUGGCUGCUGAUCUACCAAGGUUACUUGAACCAGUUCAUUUGGAAGCGAUAGUAUCGAGACUUUGGCAGCUGCUCAAGGACCAAGAUGACCUAGCUGCUGCUUGUAACAGUUUUAUGGGUCUUUUGGCGGCAAUACUCUCAUUACCUUCAGCUCGAGCGUGCUUGACGCCUCAGCCGCUUUCUGUGGUACUACCUCGUCUAUGGCCAUUUUUGAGCCAUUCGAGCUCGAGUGUACGCCAGGCGACGUUGCAGACACUGGAAACUCUAACUGAAGAGGGUGAGCUUAAAUCCAUUAAAGAGCUAAGGCCAAUAGAAAACCGCUCAAAGGAUGGUAUUAGCAAUAAUAGCAGAGAAGCUGUGCUUCAAGAGGCUCUGUGUCAUGUAUUUGAACGUGUAUUGAUUGAGCACAUAGCCAGUAUUCAGGAAGUGGCCGAGCGUGUGUGGAAAAAACUCGUGAUGCUAAGCGAGCUAGAGUUGCUAUUGCAUGCAGCCUGCCCAAUGGUAAGUACUUGGCUGUGCUUGGCUAUGCAACCAGAGCACGUGCCUUUCAAUUCGGCACUGCUGAUGCACGUGCAAUCACAAAGGUGUAGUCGACCUAGCUCGCAACAUCAGCAACACGGUGAAACUAACGAUUUGUCGCAAGUCGAACAACAGCAGAUACCAUCAGCAUUAAAGGUUUAUAUAGGUGGUAUUGAAACUGUUUCUCAGAGCACACGUCACGCCAACGUCGUGCGAGCGCGUUGCACUGCUACGAGAAUGCUUGGUCUUUUAUCGGCUUAUGUGGUUAAACCUGCUCCAAGGCUUAUUUACAGUCCGGAGGUACCUAGCCCUUCUCUUUGCUAUGCCAAAGUUUUAUUAGCUCAUCUACAUUCGCGGUCAGCAUUGCAAAGAACCGUUGCUGCCAUGACCAUGGCUUAUUGGGCUAGUUUGGAUCCAUGUGGACCGCCCCAAAUACCAGAAAUACUGCGGGUACAGCUGUUUGUAUGUUUAAAUGAGUGCAUCUACUAUGACGAAAUUGCUGGCUCCGUUACACGGCUGCUACAUGAGUGUCGUGACUAUAUAGCCACACUCAAACAUUACAAAUUUACUCUACCUCUGGAGGUAAAUAACACCGGUAUCAUGACGCUCGACCAAAUCGCUCAGGUUGCCACAACUCCGGCGGUAUUUUGUUCUGGAUCUACUUUAUUGAUAAAUCAACAGCAACAAAGUACCAAUAUCAAACUUAAACCAAAACUUCUCGAAAGUUUGGAAGAGCGGCGCCGUGGCUUAGAGGUUGGAGCUGCUGCGAGUUCUGCUCAACAGCAGGCCCUACAUAUCAGCACACAAGCAGCUCUUUCUGGGGCUGCAACAAUGUUGCACUGUCUUCCGCAGCCGCCUCAACCAUUAAAUCCUUUAGUCAAACCCCUCAUGGAGUCUAUAAAAAGAGAAGAGCACGAGCAACUGCAGAGACUUGCUGCCAAACACCUUGCCUAUUUAGUUAACCUUUGUGUCGGUAGGACACCUUGCCCUAAUCCUAAGAUAACAACAAAUUUAUGUACAUUCCUUUGUUCUGAUCCGGAAUUUACACCACGCGUCAUUAGCUCGGAUGUAGGCUGUGAACCCUUCAAUGGUAUUCUGACUUUAAGUAACAGGCAAAAACUUGCAGAAAGGCAGGCUUAUAAUCGAGGGAAUUUAAGCGGUCUCAGUGGUAACAGAGGACCGGGCCGACCAUCAGCUACUGAUCUACCCAUUGACGAAAUUUUGGCUUGUGAAGAGCCAGAGGCAAAAGCUGCUCGGACAAGAAGACAAGGAGCUACUUUUGCUCUCACCGCUAUUGCAUCUUUAAUGGGCCAUGAAUUGCCAAAAAAACUUCCUCAUCUAUGGAAUUUGAUAUUACCUGAUUACCUUCGAAAUGACAGCAUGAUAAAUCUUAAAACGUUUUGCUCGGACGAAGCUAACAACUUGAUAUAUAGCCUGCAAGUAUUAGAAGUUAUGCUACCAAGUUUGGAAUCGUCUCUUUUAUCACCAAUAAUGGGAUGCCUUGAUAACAUGUGUUUAAUAUUAACCAAUUCAUAUAAAUCAGUCAGGCACAUGGCAUCACGAUGUAUUGCUAUAUUAGCUUCACUGAAAACAAAAGAGACAAUGAAAAUUGUAGUGCCAAAAAUUACAUCUCUUCUUGAAACAAACAGCGCGGAGAUGAAUAAAAUCAGUACUGUAACAGGACCUAACGAAGUUGAUACUCGACGUCAAGGUGCUGGAGAAGCUCUAGCAUGUUUGGUCGAUACCCUUGGUGUUCGCAUUGUACCAUAUGCAGUGCUUUUCAUGGUUCCUCUACUCGGUCGAAUGAGUGAUCAAAAUCAAGCAGUUAGAUUAUUAUGUAGCGCCACGUUCGCUACUCUUGUACAGUUGCUACCCUUAGACCCUGGUGCCAUCGAUAUAUCUUUUUUGGCCCAGGAAAGAGCACAGGAAAGACGUUUCCUUGAACAACUACUUAACCCUCAUUGUAUACCGGAUACCAAACUGACUAUUCCAGUGAACGUGGAACUACGUUGUUACCAACAGCAAGGUUUAAAUUGGCUCAAUUUUUUAAACCGUUAUCAACUUCACGGAGUUCUUUGUGAUGAUAUGGGUUUAGGAAAGACUUUGCAAACGCUGUGUAUCUUAGCGUUAGACCAUAAUCGGAACAGACAGGCACCGUCUAGUCUUGUUAUAUGUCCACCAACGCUUACAGGUCAUUGGGUCUACGAAGCUGAAAAAUUUUUUCAUGCCCAAGAUCUUUCAGUAAUUCAAUAUGCUGGUAUUCCUUUAGAACGAGAAAAACUUCGUUGCUGUGUCACCCAUUUCAAAUUAGUUGUUGCAAGUUAUGAUAUUGUGAGAAAAGACAUUAACUUCUUUGAGUCGAUCCAAUGGAAUUAUUGCGUACUCGAUGAAGGACACAUUAUUAAAAACGGCAAAACAAAAAGUGCCAAGGCAGUUAAAAAAUUGCAUGCUCAUCAUCGAUUAAUCCUUUCAGGAACUCCAGUUCAAAAUGAUGUAUUAGAACUCUGGUCUCUUUUUGAUUUUCUCAUGCCUGGUUUUUUAGGCAGCGAAAAACAAUUUGCUGCUAAAUAUUCAAAACCAAUAUUGGCUUGUCGUGAAUCAAAAGCUGGAGCUAAAGAACAAGAAGCUGGUGCUCUAGCGAUGGAAGCUCUACAUCGACAGGUAUUGCCUUUUUUGCUACGAAGAAAUAAAGAAGACGUGUUACAGGACCUACCACCAAAGAUUACUCAAGAUUAUUACUGUGAUCUUUCAGUUUUGCAAAAAACUCUUUAUGAAGAUUUCAAAUUAUUACAUUCAGCAUCUUUAAUAAAUAACGCAACUGUGGCAGAUAAUGCUCAUGGCGGACACGUGUUUGAAGCUUUAAGAUAUCUCAGAAAUGUCUGCAACCAUCCAAAACUUGUUUUGAGUCCAAAGCAUCCUCAGUAUCAAACGGUAAUUAAUAUGUUGAAACAACAACACAGCACUCUUGCUGAUAUCGAGCAUGGAGCAAAACUUCCAGCAUUGAAGCAAUUACUACUGGACUGCGGCAUUGGACUCGCUCAACAGCACCAACAACAUCAAUCAGUAACUAGCACACAUAAUUCUGUUUGUAGUACAGUUAUAGAUAAUCAACAAUCCCAAACACAACUGGUCAGUCAGCAUCGAGCACUGAUAUUCUGCCAAUUAAAGGCUAUGUUAGAUAUAGUUGAAUAUGAUUUAUUACGGGUUCAUCUGCCAAGUGUUACUUACCUUCGAUUAGAUGGUAGUGUCCCAGCAGCACAGCGUCACUCUAUUGUAGCCCGUUUCAAUGCCGAUCCGUCGAUCGAUGUGUUGCUUUUAACAACUCAAGUAGGAGGCCUGGGAUUGAAUCUCACCGGAGCAGAUACGGUGAUAUUUGUUGAACAUGAUUGGAACCCUAUGAAGGAUUUACAAGCUAUGGAUCGUGCGCACCGCAUUGGUCAAAAGAAAGUUGUUAAUGUUUACAGACUCAUUACGCGACAGACACUUGAAGAAAAAAUUAUGGGUUUACAAAAAUUCAAACUACACACUGCAAACACUGUAAUUUCCACUGAGAAUUCUUCCCUCGAAACUAUGAGGACAGAACAGUUGCUGGACCUGUUUUCACUGAACAAUGACAAAAUAUCAUGUAAUGAAUGUAUGCCCGAAAUUCGAGAUGUAUCAAAGGCAAUUGGUGUGCCUGGAGUGAGCCCAUCAAUUCUUGAAAUUUUUCCAGAGCUUUGGGAACAACAGCAGUAUGACGAUGAAUAUGAUUUGGAAUCUUUUUUGACAACUUUAAAAAGAAAUUCUCCAAAUACAAAUGUAAAUUUUAAAUAACUACUUGUCUCGAUCUUAUUUCACGUAUAUAUAUAAUUGAAUUUUUACAUUAUUUUAUUAUGUUUUGAUCACUUUAGUAUUGUGAGGUAACAAGACGAUAUAAUCAAAGUCCAUCUUUUAAGAAACGUGUGAGAUGUAUUCAUUUGUAUUUUAAUAGAAAACUCAUAUAUAGUUUUAUUAGUGCGAUUUGCAUGUAUGCAGAUUACAAGAAAAUGUAUCAUUUAUUUUUUAUACUGUUUACAAGCUUCAAUUUAGUAAAAGUGAAAUCUAAUAGUACUUAUUGUAAAAUAAUAUAUUUCUUGUAAUUGUACUGAUCAUAAUUACGUAAAAACUAUUUAAAUAGUAUGAA